CCUCCGUUUUGGAAGAAUCUUUGCUGCAGGUUGUUGAUACAAAUUCACAUAAGGUCGAUGUUAUGGCCACCGCGCGCUCACGCAACACAUUCAGCAAGCUCAUUGUGAAUGUUUUAACUCAUCUGUUAUUCUUGCGUUAACUUUAUAAAGUUGUACAACGUAACAUAGUGCAAAAGUGUGUACAUUCAGUAGUUAGCAUAAUUUUCAGUGUUUAGCUAACUUUUCCGUUCUCUAGAGGAAUAUGGUCUAACGUUACUCAGUAUGUUUGAACGCUGGACACUUUUAUCAAAAAGCACAUUUUCUCCACAACAUGUUCAUCUACGCCGAUGUCGUUGUUUACCCACUUACUAUAGGUUUACAGCUUAUCUAUAUUUUACUUAUGACUAUUAGUUUUUAGCAAGUUCAUUAAAUGGCCCAUUGGUUAGUGAUGAUACAUGUGGAAUUUUCUGUAAGAAUUUUUAUGUCAAGCUGGCAAAAUGAUCCCGUUAUCUGUACAAUAUUUUAAUAAAUUUUAAACAUUUUCAUGUUGUUCUGUGGUUUACAGCAGUCUUUCAAGCUUUUUAAUGCCAAGAAACAUAAGUUGAUGAUGAUUCCCUUGUCAGACAGCAGCUUUCCACAAUACACAAGCACUCAAGAGUGUAGGGUAGCAUGCAUUGCCAAUGCAGACCAGCUGGAGGCAAUCUGUCGAGAGCAGGGGGUGAAAUGUGAAGAGCUGGGCAUCAACAAGAACAACCUGUGUGACUAUGAGGUAGAAUACCUCUGCGAUUACAAAAAGAAAGUCAUCAAUGAUGGGAAGACACAAAUAGUACAGGAGUUGUACCUGGUGAAAUGGAAGGGCUACCCUGAAUCCAGCAACACAUGGGAACCACGGAAGAACCUGAAGUGCAUAGAUCUGCUCAACCAGUUCUGGGAGGACCUGAAUGUGGAGAUGCAGAGACAGAAGAAGCGUUCCGCCCCUCGUCGCCUAGAUCCUGCCACCGUGUCGCAGCUCAUCCAGCGGGCGAAACUCCGGCAGACCCUUAAACGGUGGGAGACACACCUCAACAGCUUGGGCGCCCACAAGGGCCACAUCUAUGUUCGGAACCAGGUCGACCUGGAGGGCCCGCCAAAGAACUUCACCUACAUAAAUGACUAUAAAGUCGGUGAUGGGAUAAUGCUGAAUGAGGUGUCUGUGGGCUGCGAAUGCACAGACUGCCUGGACAACCCCGUGGAGGGCUGCUGUGCCGGCGCGUCGCAGCACAAGUUUGCUUACAAUGAGUUAGGCCAAGUCCGCAUUCGGCCUGGGUUGCCCAUUUAUGAAUGCAACAAGCGAUGCCGCUGUGCGCUCGACUGCCCCAACAGAGUGGUGCAGAGGGGCAUUCAGUAUUCCCUCUGCAUUUUUAGGACAGACAAUGGCAGGGGCUGGGGGGUACGGACCAUGGAGCGCAUUCGCAAGAACACUUUCGUCAUGGAAUACGUUGGGGAGAUCAUUACGACAGAAGAAGCAGAACGCAGAGGUCACAUAUACGAUAAAGAAGGUGCCACCUACCUUUUUGACCUGGAUUAUGUGGACGACGAGUACACUGUGGAUGCUGCUCACUAUGGAAACAUCUCCCACUUUGUCAAUCACAGCUGUGACCCAAACCUUCAGGUAUAUAAUGUGUUUAUUGAUAACCUGGAUGAGCGGCUGCCACGGAUCGCGUUCUUUGCCACUCGUGGGAUAAAGGCAGGAGAGGAGCUCACCUUUGACUACAAAAUGAAGAUUGAUCCAGUAGAUGCCGAGAGCACGAAGAUGGAUUCUAAUUUCAGUCUGACAGGACUCCCGGGAUCCCCUAAGAAGCGUAUGCGCAUGGAGUGCAAAUGCGGGGUACCAACAUGUCGAAAGUAUCUCUUUUAGAGGAAGUUCAUGCUAAAGAGGGACUGAAAGAAGAUCAUGUAUUCAAGUGAAUAUGUUGAAAGCAUCUGCAGUUUAGGAACUGUUUUGGCAGGUGUUUUGAAAUAUUUCAUUGAAUUUUAAGUAUAUAUUUAAGGUUUUUUUAUUUCCCCAAGAUGAACCUCAACUUUUUCCUCAUUGUUGUCCGCAGUGUUUAAAUAGUGUAUAAAUGUGGCAUUACUCUAUCAAUUUGUCCGUUAGAGAAGAUGUUUGUAAAGUUGCAAAAAAAAAGUGCUUUUCAGUAAUUGUUUUAAAAUUUAUAUUUUAUAUCAAAUCAGUCUUUGACACCAUGGAAUUCUUACACAAAUUAUUUGAUUUUUUUUUUUAAACAUUUAAAUGUUCAUAUGCUUUGCUUGAAUAGGAGGAAUUAUUUUUUUUUUUUUACAAACUUUUGUAGUGAAACUUUUUGCCCUGUUUUUAGCAAAUAUAUUUAGACCAGUGUAAAAUAUCAAAAAUAUACAAUGUCCUUCCUUCUAUUUUUAUUUUUAUUUUUUUUUAUUUUUUUUCACAACUUGAAAUUUCCACCAGGGGGCAAAAUUUUACUUUUAAUGCACAGAAAGGGAAGUUUGUUAGACUGAGGGAGGUGGACCUACAUGAGAUGUUGCCUUUUACGCAUGCAAAGUGUUAUCAUUCUGUUUUAUGUGUAUAUAGUCUAAAACCUGACAAAAUAUAUUCAUAGUGUCAAA